GUCGGUAUAUCAACGCGAGUCCGCUAGAGGCGCUGGUAACCCGCAGCCUAACGCGCAGUCUACUGUUCCGAGUAUUACCAGAGACAAUGGCUGCUGACUGGUGGAGUCUCUGGGCGUCGGCGGCGCUGGCGGCGCUGACGCUGGCGCUGCUCUGGUGGCGCCGCUACGCCACCAAGUUCUGCAGGGCCGGCGUGCCGUCCCUGCCGCCGCUGCCCGUCGUGGGGAACAUGCUGGACGUGGCGCUCAGCAGGAAGGCCAUGCCCGAGGUCGUGGUGGACAUGUACAGGCACUUCCAGAGACACCCCUACGCUGUGUUCUACACGUUCGCAAAGUCUCUGGUCUUGGUGAGGGAUCCCGAUCUCAUCAGAUCCAUCACUGUCAAGGACUUUGACCACUUCACUGACCACGUCGACUUUCUGAACACCGACAAGGGCCACCCAGUCCAACAGCGGAUGCUGAUAUUCAUGAAAGGAAAAGAAUGGCACGACAUGCGGGCGACACUAAGUCCUGCAUUCACAUCGAAGAAAAUGAGAAACAUGUUCCUGCUGAUAGCGGAGAUAGGGCAACAGAUGGUCGAAUACAUAACAAAGGAAUGUGCCAAGGUAGAAGUUCCUUCUGGAGAAAAUCGGGUAUUGACACUGGAGAUGAAGGACCUAUUCACACGCGUGACCAAUGAUGUCAUUGCGACGACUGCAUUUGGAGUAAAGGUGGACUCCUUGGCAGAACCAAACAACACAUUCUACACAACGGGCCGUGAGCUGACGACAAUCAAAUCGGGAACGGUAAUUGGAUACAUGCUAGUGCCAAGGCUUAUGCAGUUAUUAGGUGCACAGUUCGUCAACAUGAAAGCAGUGGAGUUCUUCAGGACCAUGUUGACCGAGACUAUGAAAGCGCGAGAGGAGCAGGGCAUCGUGCGCCACGACAUGAUCCACCUCAUGAUGCAGGCCCGCCGCGGAGAGCUGGCGCCUGAGGAAGGGGAGGCGAACGGCGCCAGCCAGAGCAAGGGGCGGCACCUCACUGAUGACGAUAUCACGGCGCAGGCGCUCAUAUUUUUCAUCGCCGGCUUUGACACUGUAUCGACACUGCUGACCUUCUGCAGCUACCUGCUGGCCACGCACGAAGACGUGCAGCGGCGGCUGCAGAGGGAGGUGGACCAGCUGAUGCAGAAGACCGGGGGGCAGCCCAGCUACGAGCAGGUCCUGGGCUGCCAGUACCUCGACAUGGUGCUCUCUGAGACGCUACGCAUGUACACUCCCCUGGCCUCCCUGGACCGCACGUGCGUGCGCCCCUACAGGCUGCCGGCCACAGAGAGCUGCCCGGGCCUCGAGCUGCGACCCGGAGACGGCGUCUGGAUGCCGGUGCUCGGCAUCCACUACGACCCCAAGUACUUCCCGGACCCGGAGCGUUUCGACCCGGAGCGCUUCAGUCCGGAGAGGAAGCAUCUCAUCAAGCCGUUCACCUACUUCCCGUUCGGGUCUGGACCUCGCAUUUGCAUCGCCCAGAGGUUCGCGCUGAUGGAGUCCAAGGCGGUGCUCGUCCAGCUGCUGUCCAGGUUCAGCCUCCAGGCGGUCGCCAAGACGCCGGUGCCGCUCAGACUCCAGCCGGACAGCGCCACACUCUCCGUCAAGGGCGGCGCCUGGCUCGGGAUCCGAAGCAGGGUCUGAGGGUCUGAGCCAGCACCUCAGCCGCUUCUCGCCACACAACUUUACACCCAGAUGCAGAAUGUAUUAAGCCUGUGAAAUCAUGUUUGCCAGACCAUAACCGUUACUACGUCACAAAGAGCUAUGCUGCUGUUUUACGUGUAAGUGUGCCGUUUUAACUGUGCUUUUGUCUAUAGCCUCCAUAAUAUUAUUUCGUUACUUUUGCUCACUUGCUCUGUUUAUCUUGUAUACCAUACUACCAAUUUAAGUAGAUUAUAUGACGUGAUUCAAGAUCUCAGUUAGACUUUAUAGGAUCUAACGAGGAUACUUAGUGUUUUUCUUAGCGGAUAGAAUUUGAUGUAAGGAAUGAUUAAGCAUGCUUAUAGUGUAAUGAGUGACACUUUGACGUCCCUCCAGAAAGUGAAGCUAUACGUUUUUUUUAUAUUACUUCUGGGCGUAAACAACCGUAUGUAAUAACGGCUGAGUUGCCGAGCGGUUCUCGGCGCUACAUUCUGGAACCGCGCGACCGCUAUGGCCGCAGGUUCGAAUCCUGCCUCGGGCUUGGAUGUGUGUGAUGUCCUUAGGUUAGUAAAGUAAAAAUGCCGCACUUGGCUGUCGGCAUGCGAUGCCUCAUUCCAAUUUGAGACAAGAGCAUGUGCAGCAGAACCCAGUCCGGCCAUUAUAAACGAGGCUCUGGUAGCAGUGCAACUGUGUGCUGCGUGGCCAAGAGCAGGCAGCACGCAGCCUGUGCUGUUCCGUCACCAGUCCGCCUUCGGAGUGCCACGGCGUGUGGUGUGGGCGCACGUCUGUGUUCCCCAGUGAGGCGCAGGAGGCCUGCCUCCGUGUCCACUGCGCCCGUAGCGGCGUGCCAUCGACCCUAACAGCCCAUUUAGGCGACGUUGGGAGUCACUUUUUGUCCCAAUUUUGAUCGACCCAAGGCGUUCGAUGCCAAACGAUUUCUGCGCGAUGAAGCAAAGAUACUGUUAAGCGACAUCAUAGGGCCCAUCUUUCCACAGACAGUAGCAUCGAUGACAAAGACUGAUCCGGGCUCUGAGUGCCUCUUUGAUGAUUGCACGGUUCUCGCAUUCCGUUGUCUCUCUAGGUCUACUACCUCUUUCUUAACGUUGUGUUCGGCCAUCGUUCACCAAUUCCUGCCAAACUCAUCGAGUACCAUCCCUCCUACUCAAAUAUCGAAGGACUCGCCGAUUAGUCCAAAUGGCUUUCUUCAUCCAAACAACAUAGCCUGUCAUCUGUGUAUAUUGUUCAUGCGCCUCUCUGUGAGGCAUAUUUAUUGUCCGACUGUGUCCACUGGAUGAAAUUCGCAAAGACUUUACGCCCUGGCAUCGACGUGUGUCCUGUCACUGUUCUUGCGCGGUGAGCGGUGAAACUGCGCUGCAGCGUCACACACUCAUCCCCCAGCCGCCAAAGUCAACAACUUUGCCUUUUUUUGUCGAUACCAGAAUGAAUGUCAACUUGUGACCAGUGUUGAUAGCUCCUUGGUGGUGCAGUUUUAUUAUUUUCUUUUUUUAUUUAUUUUUCCUUAGAGUGUACAGGAGAUUGUCAAAAUAAUGUGAACAGCGGUAGUAGUGAGAGGGUUGUGUUUGACGGUCAACAACGCAGCUAAGGCACGUGUCGCGUUGGACUGUGCGUGUUCAGUACGGACUAGGCGUCAGUGCAGGUUGUUUACGAGCAGCGGUUCAAAAAUGGCUCUGAGCACUGUGGUACUUAACUUCUGUGGUCAUCAGUCCCCUAGAACGUAGAACUACUUAAACCUAACUAACCUAAGAACAUCACACACAUCCAUGCCCGAGGCAGGAUUCGAACCUGCGACCGUAGCAGUCACACGGUUCCGGACUGAAGCGCCUAGAACCGCUCGGCCACCGCGGCCAGCCACACUAGUUUUGGGAUGAAUGUCAGUGAGAUAAGAAGGAGCGACUAUUAUCACCAAGUCUCUGUAUGUCCAUGGGUGGAGAACUCGGCUGUGCAGCACAGAAUGUCAAAUCCAACACCUAAUUCCCAAACUGUUAUUUUAUUUGGCUACCAGUUUCGAGGAUUUACUACGACAGUUUGGUAAAUAGAAGGCUGAAAGGUGUUUGAUCUGGCAUUCUGUUAUCACCAACUCCAGACACGAAUAGUUAUCUGUUGUCUGUCAGAGGAAGGAUGCUAAUAUUCAUCCGCCCACACACAUUGUCGUGCAGAAUGUCCUAGUAACUAUUGUUGAAGAUGGUUAGUUGUCGAUGAACAUACAACGAAGACUAUGCGACGAUGGAAGUCAACGGGAAUUACAGAAUAUUUCGAUCGCGAUUUGGUAAAUUCGAUAUGACGUUGGCAGAUAUGUUGGUAACAUACAAGAUAGCUUUGAUAAACUAUUACUGAUUAUUAGUGCUUGUCUUCAGCCUAUUAUAAUAUACUACAUGCACGACGCUUUGUUCGCAGAUAUGAUUUCUCCAUAAAAACUUCAGCCAUAUUAAAUUGUCGUAGGAUUUUUAUAAAUGAUAUUGAUCAUUGAAGUCGUUUCACGCAAUAAAUAUGAUACACCUCACGCAUGAGUAAACGUGGUUAUAUUUUUUUGUUUACAACUAUAUUACUUCUAGUACUAUAUUGUAAUAAGUAGCAACAACCCCUUUCAGCUGUUAUCGCAUAAAAUGCAUGUUCCAAAUUAUUUUUCACAUACAAACUUAUAGAUGCUUACGAGUAGUUGUUCAAGUUUUUUCAAGUCUUCACACUACAUUAUCUUAUUAAUAAAUUAUCGCUUGUUUCUAUUGAAAUA